AUGAUGAUGACGCAGCCGUUCCCUGCCCACCAAGGCAUGCCGCAGCAUGGAUUCCCCCCCGGUCACCCAAUGGCCGGACAACAUCCAAAUGGACACCCGGGACCCGGAAUGGUACAGCAAAUGCACCCUGGUGUAUCGGCGCCGGGAGGACCUCAAGUGAGCCAAGCUGGUCCGAUGAUGGGUGGGAUGCCCCCGGGCGCUGGGACGGCUGGUCCUGGCGGUCCCGUACCGAACGCCCACGCUCUCUCCCACCUGAAUCCCGCGCAGGCGCAUAUGCUUCAGGGCCAACCAUUCCCUCAAAAUUUCGCGAACAAUCCGCAAUUAUUACAGCAACACCAACAGCAGCAGUUCAUGCGUCAGCGGAUGAUGCUUCAACAACAGCAGCAACAACAUCAGGCACAGCAGCAGCAACACGGACUUCCUGUGUCAUUACCCAAUGGUACCCAAGGAAUUAGUGCCGCUCAAAUGGCUGCGAUGCAAGCAAACCCCGGAAUGCGCCCCGUUAACAUGGGAAUGCACAUGCAGCAGCAAAUGCCCCAUGGCCAGCCGCAAAACCUCCAGCAGCAGCAAUUCUUUGCCAUUCAGCAGGCGCAACAACAGGCGCAUCAGGCUCAGCAGGCGCAACAGGCAAAUAACGGACAGCCGGGCCAGCAUACACCGCAGCGGGCAUCUGCGCAACCGCCGAACAUGCACGAAGCGCAAAGCGCCACUCCCCAGUCGCAGCAUGGCCCACCACCAGGGAGCGGUACACCGCAACCCUCCCAACCUGCUCAGACUCCCUCGAGCCAACCACAACCGUCGCAGGGACUGCCCCAAGGCCAGGCCACUCCGAACCCUCCGCCACAGCAACUGCCUCAGGCCCAGCAGCCAAAUCAACAAGGACAACCCGGUCCGCAGCCGACUCCUCAGGGGGCACAGCCCCAGCCAGGCCAACCCGGUCAGCCACAAGGCCCUCAACACCCACAGAUGAUGUCACAGGACGCUCAAUUGAAAGCGCAACAACAGCACCAGAAUGCUCUCAUGAUGCAGCAAAGGAUGAAACAGGCGGGGCAGUCAAUUUUGACCCUCUACAGCUAUGCGGAGGUUUUGAGUAAUUUCCAAUCUCGGGGCGAGGCACAUGAUCUUUCAUACUGGCAGACCUUUGUCGAGCGCUUCUAUUCUCCUGGAGGUGUGUUGCGACAGGGUGUCUGGAACAACACCGCUGGGUCCAAACAAUUCGAAAUUGCGACACCUGCCCUUGCGCGUUACUACCUGACCCAGUUCACCAGUGGAAUCACUCAAAUCCAGAUGUGUGUGGAAGCUGCCCGUGAGCGGGAGUCUGGCAAUGGAGGUCAUAUUGUGGAGAGCGGCAAAACCUCAUUCAUUUAUUGGUUCAAGAAUGAGUGCCAGCUCUUCGCCAAUGGCACACUUCGUGCGUAUUUUGAUGUCAACAACAGGCUUGAGAUGCUUGAUAUCAACGUUCUCAAUCAUAACGAGUUCAUCCCUCGGUCUCUGCUGCUGGCCAUGGAGGCCGACUCGCAGAAGCAAAGCCCCAAGGUCCCUAAAAAUGCAAAGCGCGCUCAGCAGAAGCCCACGCCAUCAUUAUCGCUCCCGGACUCCAUGGUGACCGCCAAUGGUGUUCCUACCCCGGUGAUGGGCUUCUUGGAGGUGGCUGAGACCAUCUCUCAAAUGCAGAUGCUGUUCCAAUUCUCGCAGUCAAACCCGCAGCUAACACCUCCUGAUGCAUUGCGGAAUCUCGUCAACACUCUCCAAACGCAAAACCCCAACCCAGGCUUUGCGCCUGGUCCCAUGAACCCGGGCAUGCAACCUAUGCAAAAUGUUCGAGGGCCUAACAUGAACGCCCCGUCGCAAUUCGCCUCACCGGCUAUGGCACAUCUCGGCCUGCCUGGGCAACAAGGCUCACCUCAUCUGACUGGCUCAGCGCAUCCAAGCCCUGCCCAAAGCAACCUCGUUGGUCCUCCAGGAAUGCAACCACCAAUGCAGCCAUCUCCGGCUGGUGUGAAUAACAGUCCAAAUGUAGGUGGCAACAAACGUCGCCGAGCAAGCACGGUCAAAAUGGAGUCCGAGGAUGGUGGUGGAGUCGAGGCUAACGGCGCACCCCAACAGGGCUCAGCGAAAGUUAAGGCUAGCCCCCGGGUGCCGAAACGACAAAAGGGCGCCGCCGCCUGA